AUGCUGGGGGCCUGCCUGGGCCUCUGGGUCUGCACCCUGGGCUGUGCGGUCCACGCCUAUCCCAACACCUCCCCGCUGCUGGGCUCCAGCUGGGGCGGCCUGACCCACCUGUACACGGCCACGGCCAGGAACAGCUACCACCUGCAGAUCCACAGGGACGGCCACGUGGAUGGCUCACCCCAGCAGACCAUCUACAGUGCCCUGACGAUCAGAUCUGAGGAUGCGGGAUUCGUGGUGAUAACAGGGGUGGUGAGCCGGAGAUAUCUCUGCAUGGACUUCAGAGGCAACAUUUUUGGAUCUCAUCACUUCAGUCCGGAGAGCUGCAGGUUCCGGCAGCGGACGCUGGAGAACGGCUACGACGUGUACCACUCGCCGCAGCACCGCUUCCUCGUCAGCCUGGGUCGGGCCAAGCGGGCCUUCCUGCCGGGCACCAACCCGCCCCCGUACGCGCAGUUCCUGUCGCGCAGGAACGAGAUCCCGCUGCUGCACUUCGCCACCGCGCGGCCCCGGCGCCACACGCGCAGCGUGCACGACGGCGGGGACCCGCUGAGCGUGCUCAAGCCGCGCGCCCGCGCCACGCCCGCGCCCGCCUCCUGCUCGCAAGAGCGGCCCAGCGCCGAGGACAGCGGCCCUGCGGCCAGCGACCCGCUGGGGGUGCUCCGCGGCCACCGGCUGGACGCGCGCGCCGGGCCGGGGGGCGCCGAGCGCUGCCGGCCCUUCCCCAGCUUCGUUUAG